UCCGGGGCCUAAUAGAAAAUUACGGCUUCCUUUUCACCUGCUGAGGAAUCUGGUUUUGCGAGACUGGGGCACAGUCAAAUGGCUCUCAAUUCCAAGUUCAUGCAGCUCUUAGGUUACGAUGUGUUGCUGGGCUCGAUUGCUGUUUUUUAUGUGUUUAUGGCACCUUACACGAAGGUUGAAGAAAGCUUCAAUGUUCAGGCAAUGCACGACAUUUUGUAUUGGGGGCGCCACAUAGAGAAGUAUGAUCACCUGGAUUUUCCUGGAGUAGUUCCUCGGACAUUUAUUGGGGCGCUGAUUGUUUCAGCAUUAGCUUCUCCAUUCGUGCUUAUGGCAAGUUUACUGCAGUUGCCGAAGAUAUAUAGUCUUUAUGCAGUUCGUUUGAUGUUAGGUUGUAUCAUCUUGUCCACACUGCGAUUCUUCCGGAUUCAGAUCAGGAAGAACUUUGGAUCUCAAGUUGAAGCAUUUUUUGUAAUAUUGACUGCCAUUCAGUUUCACAUGUUGUUCUACUGCACGCGCCCCCUUCCUAACAUAUUGGCAUUUGGUCUUGUAAACAUGGCCUAUGGGUAUUGGUUUAAGCGAAGUUUAUAUGCAGCAUUAAAUUCUUUGGUUUUGGCCACCACUAUCUUCAGAUGUGACAUCUUGUUACUCGCUGCGCCUCUGGGCCUAGAGCUAUUGCUGUCUAGAUCAAUUUCUUUGCCGAAAGCUGUAUUAUCUUGCGGGAUAGCUGCUUUGUUUAGCAUAGGUCUUACAGUGCUCGUAGAUUCAAUCCCAUGGAGGAGAUUGUUAUGGCCUGAGUUUGAGGUUUUUUGGUUCAACUCGGUUUUGAACAAGAGUUCUGAAUGGGGUACCCAUGCUUUUCACUGGUACUUCACAUCAGCACUUCCCCGUUCAUUGCUGGCAGCAUAUCCGCUGUUUGCGCUUGGUGUUUUCCUUGAUAGAAGGGUUCUGCUCUAUAUCAUUCCUGUUUUCUCAUUUGUUUUGCUUUAUUCUAAACUUCCACACAAGGAACUCCGUUUCAUUAUUAGUUCUCUUCCUAUGUUUAACUUCUCAGCUGCUGUUGCUGCUAGCAGAAUCUACAACAAUAGGAAGAAGGGUUUAUGGAAAUAUGUUUAUGUUGCCAUGUUGGGGUUGUUCUUGAUCAGGGGAUCAUUUAGAAAAUAUAAAAAAAAAAUGCAAAUGGACGGGAUCUUAAUAAUGUGUUUUACAGGACAAUUAAACAAUUCAAAAGAAGUAUGGGUUCAUGUUGACACCUUCUCAGCCAUUAAUGGGAUCUCACGCUUCUGUGAAAAUGAUGAGCCUUGGCGGUACUCAAAAGAAGAAGGGAUACCACUGCAAGAGUUUCAGAAUAGAAAUUUUACGUACCUUUUGAGUGAGCAUGAUCUAAUCACUGGUUACAAGUGUUUAUUUAGCGUCAAGGGAUUUUCUGGUCUUCGUUUUAGUGCGGGAUAUCUUCCAGUAUCACUGGAAAAGCUAGGUGAAGGUGCUUCCAGGUCUGAGGAUACUGUGAAAAUAAUAUCCAAAUUUUAUCUGCACCCUAGAAAUUUUUUCACACAAUCACACAGCGCCAUGCUUCUCCAACCCACCAUCCCAAAACCUCUUUCAAAUUAUCCCAAACAGAAUCACUGCAAUGUUUACGCUUCAAAUGCGAUGUCAUUCUCAUCCGGGCUCCUUCAAAAUCCGACCUUUUUUCUGAAAAAAUCCAUCUUAUACACCGGCUAUAAAACCCAUGAGGAAAACGCAGUAUUUGUUACUUGUUCAUCGACACCGCGGGUUAACAGCCACGGAACAGUUGACUACGAGAAGAGGGCCUUGCCGAGUUGGGCGGGCAUUUACAAUGAAGUAUAUAUGCUGAACUACCCGGAUUCUGGGGCUGCUGCAGUGUUAAGUCGGAUUGAAAAUGAGGGGAGGAAAAUAAAAAAAAGGGAGCUUUCCAAAGUUGUGAAGGAGCUCAGAAAGUUAAAGCGGUUCAAACACGCGCUUGAGAUAUAUGAAUGGAUGAAUAACAUGCCAGAGAGGUUCACACCAACCUCCGGCGACGCUGCCAUCCAGCUCGACCUCAUUGCGAAAUUGCACGGCAUUUCGAGCGCCGAACAGUAUUUCAAAACUAUUCCAGACGCCUCAAUAGACAAUAGAAUAUACGGCUCUCUUCUAAACGCGUUUGUCCGCUCAAAGAUGAGGGAAAAAGCCGAGUCCCUAAUGGACGAAAUGAGAAACAGAAACUACACCAACACCAUCCUCCCUUUCAAUGUGAUGAUGACCCUCUACCUGAAACUCAAAGACCACGAGAAAGUGGAGUUGUUGAUAUCAGAAGUAAAGGAGAAAGGGAUAUCACCUGAUAUCUGUACCUACAAUAUAUGGCUCUCUUCCUGUGGGUCCCAAGGCUCCCUGGAUAAAAUGGAGCAAGUUUUUCAGCAGAUGGAGCUCGACAAUUCCAUAGAUCCAAACUGGACAACUUUCAGCACGAUGGCCACGAUAUAUAUUAAAUCGGGUCUCCUGGAGAAAGCCGAGGAAUGUCUAAGGGAACUCGAGAAUGGGGUUAUGGACUGGAACCGUAGGCCUUACCACUCUCUCAUUACCCUAUAUGGCACUAUGGGCAGGAAGGAGGAGGUCUAUCGAAUAUGGAACAUUUACAAGGCCUUGUUUGCAAAUAUCCCUAACUAUGGGUAUCAAGCGGUGAUUUAUGCCCUUAUCCAAUCGGAUGACAUCGAGGGUGCUGAGGAGAUGUAUGAUGAGUGGCUUUCGGUAAAAUCGGCUUUUGACCCGCGGAUAGGUAAUCUGCUCUUGGGCGCUUAUUUGAAAGACGGGCUUUCCCAAAAGGCGGAGACUUUGUUCGACCAGAUGAGCGAGAUGGGAGGGAAACCCAGCCCGUUUACAUGGGAGAUACUCUCGGAGGACCACAUUGCAAAUAUGAGGAUCACGGAGGCCCUUUCUUGCCUGAAAAAUGCGGCCUCGGCCGAGUGGUCAGUAAGCUGGAAGCCGAAGCAUCAGAAUGUGUCCAAAAUUCUGGAGAUUGUGGAGAAAGGUGAUGACGUGGCGGCUAAGGAGUCGGUGUUGGAGAUGUUGAGGCAGGUGGGGUGUCUCGAUGACGCAAUUUACAUGUCGAAUAUACAUUUGUUGGGUGGUGACGAGUUUGGUGGGGGUGAGGAUGGGGAUUUUGUGCUUCUCGAUCAACUGCAGGAGAGCUUGACAAAGGAGGGGAUGGGCGAGAGCUGCAAGUCAAGAUGGCGAGCAAGUCGAAUUACAACUUGUUUGCCCAGAAUUGGUACCACCAGGGAUUUCGAGGAUUUUUCGUCGACCAUGUUCCUCGACAGUCCCACGAGAAGACUUACGAGCGAGUCUGUGAGGAGGCAGCCAUGUAGAUCGUUACACACGAGCGAGCCAAUGUACAAGGAUCGGAAAAAGAAUGUGACAGAGAAGAGCAGACCGAGGGAAGAGACCUCAGAAUGA